AUGUCGAGCAUGCGCAGUUACCAAAAAAAAGUCUCAGGAACCAGCGUCUGCGAAGAAGGUGAAAUAGAAAUUGGAGAAGUCGAACUUUCUUAUGCAACAAUUGAGCAUCGGCAACUCAACAGUCAAUGGAAGUAUGCCAGUCUAUAUUUGACCAAUCCUAGCAAUCUUUACCUGAAGCUUAAUGGAAGAGUUUUAGACGCUACAGAAAUGGUGGCUGUUGAUAAUAUCUAUAUCACUGAAGGAAUAUGUUUGAAAAAUAAAGGUGGUAAUUGCAGUGACUUCGAAUAUGACUGGUGUGGCUGGACUAAUUACACUAGUUCUCAUUAUUGGACGCGUUCCUCUGAGAGUACCGGUAGUGGUCAAGGCCCAUUGACAUGCCCAUCUGACGUGACUGUGGAGACCGACACUGGAGCGGCCACGGCUUCAGUUAACUAUGCUAGCGCAAUUCAUACCAACUGUGGUAACGAUUCAGUGAUCUCUCCCGAACCUACCCAUAUCUUUCCAGCUCAUCUUGAGAUUGGAGUUAAACAAUUCAACUUUACAGCUACAGAUUCGUCGAGAAACAAUUAUACUUGUACGUUUACAAUAACGGUUGAAGAUACCGAAAAACCUAAAUUAAGUUGUCCGAAGGACGAGACUGUGGAUACUGAUGACGGUAAAGCCACGGCGUCAGUUGACUAUUCAAGUAAAGUGAAUGCAAGUGACAACUCCGGGGAUAUCCUUACAAUCUCUCCUGAUCCAUGUGCAACAUUUCCUACUGAUCUUGGAAUUGGAGAACUCAAAUACAAUUAUACAGUUGCGGAUUCAUCAGGGAAUACUGAUAAUUGCUCGUUUACAAUAACAGUCCAAGACAUCGAGAAGCCUACAUUAAAAUGUCCACCGAACAAGUCUGUAGAUACUGACGACGGUAAGGCCACGGCGUCAGUUGACUAUUCAAGAACAAUAAAUGCAAGUGACAACUCCGGGGAUAUCCCUACAAUCUCACCAUUACUCAAUGAAACAUUUCCUGUUGAUAUUGGAAUUGGAGCACACGUCAUGUUCACGUUUACGGCUAAUGACUCUUCAGGGAAUACUGAUACUUGUACCUUUACUAUAAAUGUCAAAGACACCGAAAAGCCUACAUUAAAAUGUCCACCGAACGAGACUGUAGAUACUGAUGAGGGCAGUGCCACGGCUUCAGUUGACUAUUCAAGUAAAAUAAAUGCAAGUGACAACUCCGGGAAUACCUCUACAAUCAUACCUUAUCCCAAUGAAACAUUUCCUGUUAAUAUUGGAAUCGGAGCACACGUCAUGUUCACCUUUACGGUUAAUGACUCGUCAGGGAAUAAUGCUACUUGUACAUUUACUAUAACUGUCCAAG